GCUGCCACGUAGAUAAACAGCGUAGUACAAGAUAAAGGCACGACUUGGCGCUACCGACGAAGAGAAUUCAUUACCAAGGUCGACCGCAAGAUAGAUAACCGUGAAGGUAGCUUGCGAGUGUCAGCCUGGAAGAAAUCGGCGGAUUAAUCGAUUACGGACUCUGCGGAUAUGCGAUAAUCGAGGUUGGAUCAGCGAGCUCGCUGACAAAGUCAGAGGCAGCAGUCGACCUUGAAGAGGUGCGACUAACCUGGUCAUCUCCGGCCGUAGCAACGUUGCUCGAAGAAGCGUCGUCGAUCGACCUUCCGCGACCGAGAGAGAGCUAAGUCCAAGAGGGACCGGCCUCCAUGAGCGCGGCUUGAACUGCUGCGGACAAUCUUGAAGAGCUACGUGAUUGACCCGAUUACUCCUGCCUCGCAGCGGCAGCGCUCGAAAGCGGAGCGCGAGCGCGACUUCCGCGGGUCGGUGAUCCGGAAGAGGACGCUCGCUGGGUGACACGUGAGCGGCCGACGACGACGGCGACGACGACGUCGGGGACGACCAGUGGCGUGUAGUCCGGGGGAACCAGGGUAUAUGCGCGGCGUAUUAAUAGCCAAGUAUAGAGCGGUGGUGGGGCGCCUGCCGCUCGCGGGUGAAAAUAGAAAAGAAUGUUUUUGGAAUCCAAUUGGACUUGGUUGGCAGAACGAUGGGGCAAUAUGGCCGACUUGGCCGAGCGGGUGGACGAUCUGAUAUGCAGUUUCGAUUCGACUGGUGAGACGACCAUGGAUACGCUGUCGAUGCUGAUAUUCGGCUGGAUGCUGUUCGGUCUGGUGGUGCUGUGCGUCGGCAAGUACGUGUACAAUCGCUUCGUGCUAAACGAGCUCGCUGGCACCUCGACGUCGUCGUCGUCGGCGGCGGCGGCGCAGCAUGGCAAAGACGGCCAUGCCUACCACGGCGAGAGUGUUGUGACCGCGAGUGCCGUCGGGGCCGCUGGAAGACUCUUCGACAAGUCCAGGUCGCUGUCACCAUCGUCGACGUCCUUGUCCCUCACGAGACCAGGUACCGGCGGUGCAGGUGGUGGCGGCGGCGGCGGCGCCGUCGCCGCCACCGCGGCCGCCGCCGGUGGUGCUGGUGCUGGUGCUGCUGCUGCUGGUAGCAGCGGCAGUGGCGGUGGUGUAGGUGGUGCUGGUGGAGGUGGUGGUGGUGGUGGUGUUAUCGGUGCGAUGACGAGAUCACCGUCGCCUUCGACGGCCGGCUACGUGCCGCCGACACCGCCGGUGAGGAAACGCCUGACCAGAAAGACCUCUGGUGCCCUCAUCAGCCCGUCCAGAAGCUCCAGGGCGCUGCACCUGCCGACCGCCACCGGAGCCGACGCUGAGGCUGUGCGCUGGGUCAACGAACUGAUCGUGUGGCUGCACUACGACCUCGUGAUCCUCAACGAACUCUUGGCCACCUGGAUGACCUCCCUCAACGACUUCACAGCUAGCUCCAACGAUCAGCAUGGCGUCGGCGUCGAGUUUGUCCGUGUCUUGCCGGAGACGCACCCGCCUACCCUGUCGAACAUUUUCUGCGAGUGCGAUUCGAAGGACGACGUGACUAUCACGUGCGACUGCGAGGCCACCCCGGCUCUGCAGCUGAAGGCGUUUCGACAGCGGGGCGAUAAGCUGGAGGUCAAUCAUUAUCGGGUCAACGUCAACCGCUUCCGCGCCCGGCUGAACAUCGUCUGCAUCACUGAGAAACUGCUGGUCGACCUGAAGUGCGACGGUUGGCCGGAGGUGAAGAUCUCCUUGGCGGCGGUGGGCACAAUAAAGAAAGACCUGGACGAGAGCCAGUUGCAAGAAGUGGUCACGGAAAUUGUGGUGGGUGCUCUGCGAGGCAUCAACGUUCACUUCAAUCUCUCUCAAUACCCCACCUGUCCUCGACUAUGGCGAGAGCCGCCUCCUCAGCCGGGCUUCUCGUCGCCCAUACACUACGACAGCAUGAACGUCUCGAACUCGAUGCUGCAGUCCCCGCAGCAGCGUCUUCAGGCGCAUCCUGCGUCCUCACCAGGACCGAUACAAUACAUGCCCGGCGAGAGGCGGCUGCUCGUGAAGGUCGUGAAGGCUGCCGACCUCGGCGGUCAGCGAGGUGCCAUGGAACCCUACUGCGUGGUGGAGUUGGAUGAACCACCGCAGAAGAACCAGACCGCCAUCAAGAAGGAUACGAAGAACCCGCUCUGGGACGAGGCGUUUCUAUUCGACGUUAGUCACAACACGACCGAGGUGUUGUUGGAGGUGUUCGAUCACGUGAACAAAAGCCAGAAAUUCUUGGGACUGGGAAUCGUGGGCGUUGAGGAGCUCCUCGCGAAUCCGAGCCAACGGCAAAUCAUACCUCUUCAGGCGCGACCAUACGAAGAGGAUGACAUUACCGGCACUCUCACGGUGGAGUUCCUAUUCAUCGAGGGUGCAGAGGUACCACAAAUCGGGACCAAGCCCUACAAGGUGAAGGAGACGAUAAAGCCGGUCUCGCCGAACCGUUCCUACAGCCAAACGAACGUCAUCACCACCAAUAGUCUGAACUACAACAAUGGUAACAGUACAUUUAUCUUGUACGACUCUGCCGCACAGUCGGAAGGGGACUAUCUGACGAACGGCAACGUUGACUCACCGUACAAAACCGGCCAGACGAACGGUAAUAAGGGGACUUUGAUAGUGCACAGCCAGCAGAGGCAGCCGGAGCGGCAGGUCGUGAAGGUCGCUCUGACGGAGAACGGCAAUUGGCAGGAGAUAUCGCCGGAGCACGGGACGAAGGAUGUCAGCGCUACCUCGGGACCAGAGAGUACACCCAAUUCCUCGAAUUCGGAAGAGAGAGGAAGGACACGACGAAAACGACGCGAUUUCUUCGGCACGAUCAAGAAGCGAUUAAGCAGGUCUAAGACGAGAAGUAGAUCGGUGGGUCCCGAAGAUGACAUUAACCACGAGGACGCUCAUUCGAGAUCCAUAUCCGCCGACAGAGCUCGCGAUCCUGGAUCCGUGCAUCUGUCGGUGCCAGAGCAAUCAAGACGUUCGAGUCUGAGCGAAGCCUCGGGUAUCAGCGGUACCUCCACGAGGACGUACGUCAACGAAGCUUCUACACUCGUCCUUGAGACUCUGGAAAACGGCAUAAAGAAGCACUACCUCGUACCACUUUCUCUCGCGCAGAAGAGCAAGUGGAGGAAAAAGGGCACAAAGCUGCACAUAUUCAACGACCACACGUUCAUCGCCAAACACAUGUCUGGAGGAACGGUUUGCGAGGUCUGCAAGAGAACCCUCGCGCGAAGACUCGGCAAGCAGGGCUACGAGUGCAGAGACUGUCAGAUGAAGUGCCACAAGCACUGUCACGUGAAAGUCGACACGACGUGUCCCACGUCCACCAUUCAGAGCAUCGAGCUGUCCCUACUGCCAGUACUGAGCGAAUAGGAUAGGACGUACGUGAAGGCUCCCCAGUUCGAACGAAAGCCCUCGACGCGUCGCCUCUGUUGACGAUAACGUCCUCGCGUCGUUCGACGCGAUCUACCGUUUAUUUGCGACAUAGGACGCCGCGUAAAAGUGGCAACUGCUUGGAGAACGACCGCAACGAACCGAUCUUCAGCCGUGGCAGGCAUGUCUUGGCACGCUGGAGCUCCCUCUAGGCUUAUCACGCUCCCUCAUCACUCCGUCGAGUCCCCGCAAAUUUCUUCCAUUCACGAAAACGAAGGGACAGAGUAUUUUGUUCCCGCACGAGAGGGCUUUGCGCGGACACGCAAGCACGUAACUUCGACGUCCUAACGAGAAGCCACGCGAGCGUCGUGGAAACUUUCGACACGUGACCUUGGACACACGCAGUGUGUCGCACACGAGUCACUCCCUGGCGACGAGACUGGGUCGAUUGAGGGCGGAGAAAGGAAAGUGAAGAAAAUUCAACGAAGAAGCAACUUCCGCUCGCGGCUCUCACCCUGCCGAUCUCUCGCCGAGGGUCAUCGCGCCUUCUAAUGAUAGUAAACAAACUCCGAAGUGUUGGACGUGCGUUGUCCCACGAAAUGGGAAGCUCGGAGUUCGACCCCUCUCCCUCCUCGAGAGAUAUUUCGGAAAUAUUCGAUAUCGGUUUCAAAGUUCGGUCGAAAUUUCCAAGUCGUUCGUAUUUCACCGGAAAACCGCUUCAUUCGAUCCCAUACAGUACAUAAAGUUGAAAAAAAACGUUGCAGCAAUGUUGCAACAAUAUUGCUGUAACUUCUGUGCUAUAUAGGACUGACCAUUUUUCUCUUCGUGCUUGGCUUUGCGGGAGUCGCGUCGCUUCUCGAACUUCCCUACGUUCUUCUCCUUCGGCAUAACGCACGUCCGCCGUCGAUUUUCGCGAAAUGCACCGUAACGUAUCCGCGGAGAGUUGAAGAAAGAUAUUCACGUAAUUUUUACCGUCACCUAGAGUGUCCUGUCGUAGUAAUCGUGACGUAGCUCGCGCUACGCCGUCGUCACCGGUUGCUUGCGUACCGAGAAAGCAGCUCCGUACGGGGAAAAAUGUCUGGUCAUAUAGAAAAGGAUGCAUUGUUUUGUCUGUGCGUUCUCUCUCACACACUCUCGAUGGAAGUGGAAUAGAGGAGACAGUUGCUAACCUGUACGACAGUACAGCCACUGUUUUUUUUUUUCGAUAUAGUGAUCAACCUAGAUCACCGUGCCUUCAGCUCACCCUGAGGUAUAUACAGGUACAGCCGCUAUACUGUCGUACAGGUUAGCAACUGCCUUCCCUACCCAGUUAGAACUAUACUGUUGAUUCGACGUUGAUUUGAUGUUAAAAUGGUCGAUGAAACAUUGAAUCAACGUUAAUUCAACCCUCAUUGACAUCGAAUCAACGUUGUGCCUCUGACUGAGUAUUCCCCUUCCCUCGAGAGUGUGUGAGAGAGAACGCACAGACAAAACAGAGUGCAUCCUUUUCUACAUGAGGUCUACCCCACCCUUGAAAUCUGAGAAAACAUGCUAGAACAGUCUAGGUAUACCAUGUCUAUGGGUUAAAUGAAGCAAUCUGCUGGGGUGAGAUAUGAGAACUGAGUAGUUCCGCUUGAAGUCGUCAGAAUCCAGCCUGAACGAUCGGGAUUUCUCGAACAAACUGCUGGUCCUUUCACUUGGAAUGUCUGAGUCGUAUUUCGCCGGAAGACGUUUUUCUCCGUGCGUCCUUGUUGGUCCCGGGGAGGAUCGACGAGUUGAAAUGAUUCGUUCGAUGGCCGAGGGAGCCAAAGACGCGAUAGCACAGUCAGACAUCGCCGGGAUGGCCGCGCAAAGUAACGUGAUUGAUGACGAUAACGAUGUACGUGUAUUAAUAACGAUAAGUAGCACGACAACAAUCGUCACGAUAGAUUAUAAAUAACCACGAGAUAAUAUUAGGUACAUAUAUGAUAGCGAGAACGGCGAGAGGAAAGCAGAACGCACCGAAACAAUUGUCGCAGCCGAAUUGCCGUAGUCGCUCGUUUAAAUUUUGCGUUUGGAAAAAGGAAAAAAAACACACACAAACACAAACGCGCGCGUACGCGAAUGGAAAUACUUAACACGGCGCCGUGAUCGAUUCGGCAGGAAUAUUGCCGAAACCGAUAUCCGUUAAUUAUUAGAAAACUCGCUGAUUAAGUAUUAAAUAUUAAUUUAAUAUGAAAACAACGCAUGUAUUGGCUUCCGCAGCAAGUAAUCUCAAGGGUUUCUGCGGUUUUAUGAUUUCAUGGAACGCACACAUCGUAUCGUAAAAUUGUGACGACAUAAAACUUCAAAAUUAUUUCGUUUUACCCGAGAAUUUUCUGAUCGCACAGAAUGUGUUAAUUUUGUUAGCGACGCUCUCGAAUCAAGAGGAUUCGUUUCGAUAUUGCGCGCUGUUGAUCAAUUCUUCACACACUUGGCGGCACUUUUUCUCGUCCAGACAGACACACACAGACAUACAAACACGUGCGCACGCACCUUACAUAACUGUGUACCUGUAUAGUUUUGCCUUAAAUGCAAACGCGUCUAGUCACACGUUAUCGAAGAACGACGAUGGGGCUGCCUCACUUCCGUUAUCGCGUCCACGGCGACGAGGCGUUCAAGAGCGCGAGAGAUCUUGCGGGAAUUGCAUACGCACACAGGAGCACACAGUACAGGGUGUAAUAUCAACAUAUAAGUUAGACGGGUUGCCUGUCCCUAUUCGGACGAUAAUGCAGGAGUUGCCGAAAAAGUUACUCGUUAACCUCUGCGUUAUCGCCUGAAUAGGGGCAGGCAACCCGUCAUACUGAUUAUAUGUUGAUGUCUCAUCUUGUAUGUCCAUGACGCAACUUGAUCGAUGACGCGAUUCGUCUUUGCGUAUACACACAAGCGGUCGACGAAAUCGUUUCUCUAACGUAGUGUGAUAAUAAUAAUAUAUUUCCUUACAAGCAAUCACGCGUUGGAAAGUAAUUCGUACCCAGUGUGCUUCUGAGAUUAUCGACGCGAUCGCGAAAUGCGCCAUCGAACGGGAGAGGUCUUUCCUGGGUACCGAGCAACGUAUAUAGCAACGCAUCGCGCAGGACCCGUCGAGAUCCUGCGACAAACUGCGCGCAGUCGGUAAACUAAAUAUACACAUACUUAGACUUUUUUUUACGUCUCGCUAUAACGAACAUUGUCGGAGUACAAAAUGCAAUCAAAAGCGCAAGUGGAGAAUCAACGACGGAGCCUAGGCGCGUAAGCGGUCUAUAGGGUGUCAAAUUUCAAAUGCAUCAGAUCGAAUAUCUCGGGAACUGAGCGCGGCAGGCAAAAAUGUCCCAGACAAAAGUCGUUCAAAUUAAUUGGUAGAGGAGAAUGAUGCAAUAAAAAAUGAGGAUUUCUAUUCAAGAUUUUAAGAUUGACCUCGAGAUCUCCUCUGCUCUCAGGGUUAAAUAAGUGCCGCCAUUUGAUGCGUUUGAUAAAACCUACAAGUUUUGUCCGAAACAUUUUUAUCUGCCGCGCUCGGUUUCCGAGGUACUCGACCUGUUGAAGUUUAACACUCUGUAUAUCAGCAUGUAGCGAUAUAUUUACACAUAUAUAUAGACAUAUAUAGAAACAUAUAUAUAGAAACGACUAUAUAGAAAGCGACAGCGAUUUCUCCCGAACAAGUCUGACGAGAGAUAGAAAUAACGACGGGAGACCACUUUUCCCCCUUUCUUCCUCGUUUCGCAUUUUCACAUUCUGGAGAACGCAGCUCCGCGAUAACAACUCGCUCCGAUCACAUCACGUGAUUAACUGCGUCAGUGGGAAGAAGAUCGUAACACAUGACAUUAGAGUAGCCGCAGAGAAGGCGAAUAACGUUUCUGUUUCGUUAGAACCCCUACAGCACAAAAGUUGCAGCAACAUUGCUGCAACGUCGCUGCAAUAUUGCAACAUUGUUGGCAACGUUGCAGCAAUGUUGCUGCAACUUUCUGUGUUGUAUGGGAGUUUUCGAGAAAAUUGGGAAUUUACCUUCAAGCGAUCUGCCGAGUCAUCACGCGUUGUCAAGUUCAUCAAGGCAAAGUGUUGCGUCCCUUCUUCCUCUGACUGUCCAAGCAACCGAGUCCCUAAAGCUCGUAUCAGGUUAGAGAUCGAGAACUGCAAGUAUCAGAGGAGCUUGAAGGUUACAGAUUGAACAUUGAAGCAACCGGAGCCCGAGAACCCCGACCCUUAAUUCGCAGUCCUCAAUCUGCAGUAUCCAGUCUGAUGCGAGCUUGACGAGUCUCAUCAGCCACGUAGUCAUUGAACGCAGCUGGGCUUGAGCAAGCUAAUAGUGCGAAAGCGCCGUUGCGCGACGCGACAUCGCAGGAGACGCGGUGGAGAUCGAGCAACGUUAGUCGAUCUUUCCCUGCAAACUUACACGUACUGGCUGUGAAACACACCGUUAGAGACGGAUCGAAGGCCACGAAGCGCGGAACACGCGUGGGCUGCAUUCACGGCUCAGAGGAGGCGGCUUUGAAGCGAAGGCUGGUCGAUUAAACUCGUACAAACUGGAUCGGCGCAAAUUUCCCGCACGGUGGGUCUCAUGUGGUAUUACGGCAUACGCAGAGGACAUGAUCGAUACAGUGUAUGCGCGACCAUCAUCUCUCCGUUGGGUUAAAGUAAACCAGCCGGCGGAGGAUAGCCUUAGUCAUGGUAUUGUCGGUAUUUUAUAGCGGCACAGAAUAUUCGUGUGGCAAUCGCGAUCAUGAAUCUUUUCCUCUUUAAGGUAAGCUCGUGAGGAGCGAAGAAUUGGAGGUACAUGGAGGUACCUCGGAAGUAAUCACUUUCCAUCGACUCGCGAUUAAUCCGUUGGACAGUCGACGGGAGGAAGGUCGCGAGACCUUUGCCUCAUUUUUGUGCCAUUUGCUGAGAAUAAAAGAUCUAGUUUUCCUAUUCGACACGGCUUGCGAGGAAAACUUGUCGAGAAGAGGUACCGUCAUUUGUAAUUUUUUCUUCCAUCAACUGGUGAAUUCGAAGCUAUCGGAUUAUCGAUAAACCGCAAUCGUUGACCGCCGUGCGGGUAAUUUCAACGAUUCCGCUUCGCCCUUCAAGAGCGGCGUUCCUUUCCCGGCUCUCCAAGAGCCAUCCUCCUCCCUCUGUGAGUCCGCCCGACCUCAGCAACGACGUAGAUCGAAAAAGAGAUCCAGCGACUGAAGAUCCACAACCGCCGGCCCGGUUGGCGAUCUCUUCAGCGCUUCUUCGGCUCAUCGCGACUCGACGCCGCGGUGAGUUCUGCACGAGCGAACACGAGCGACGCCGCGUAUUCCUGGGAAUAGCGCGCACGCAUCUUUACGCAAUCGAAAGUACAACGACACGAUACCUCGCGGAGCGACUUACCUCUAAGGUUAUUAACUCACACGUGGCGCAUUGCUUCUUUUCUUCUUCUUCUCUUCUUCUUCUUCUUCUUUUCUUCUUCUUCUUCUUCUUCUUCUUCUUCUUCUUCUUCUCUUUCUUCCUUUUCCUCCUGGCUCGCUCUGCGAUUACGCGCACGCACACAUACACACCGUUGUUCCCCGCCCUGCUCUCCCUCCUUCCCCUUCGGCCCGUGGAACAACCCUCUGUUCGUACGUUGGAGAAAAGAUCGCGAGUCACAUUCAUCGUAAUUCGUCGAGAUAUUGAAGCAAUUUACGAGGCGCCAGCGCCGGAAAGCGCGCCGGCGACGACGAUUGUGCCUAUAAUAAAAUGUUGUUACACAAUAAUGUUAUACAUUUGUCAUAUAGAAAGUCUAUUUAUGAACGGUAUUUCCAAUUGUUCUGCAGAUAAAGAAGAAGCUUCUUAUUCUCGAUCCCACGUCGAUCGCGCAUCUCUCUCUCUCUCUCUCUCUCUCUCUCUCUCUCUCUCUCUCUCUCUCUCUCUCUCUCUCUCUCUCUCUCUCUUUUUCUCUGUACGUACGUAUAACAUAUGAAGAGACCAUGACGAUGUCGAUUAUUAUGCAUUGCCGAUUUAUAAUACAAUACGAUAUGUAAUGUAAUAAUGAUGAUAUGUAAUAAUACGAUUAUAUAUGCAUAGCUAUAAUACGUAUAUCUAUAUAUAUAUAUAACGUUAUCAUUAAUAUAAUAUUAAUUAAUUCUCGCUACAACGCGGACGACGGUAGCAACGAUAACGGUAUAUAUAAUGUAACGUUACAGAAAGUAAUAUAUUAUGAUCCUACAACGUUA